CCAGUCACAAGGUUUCUCUGCGUCUCCCCAGCCGCAGGCGCAGGCCGAAGCAGCCCGGCCGCCCAGCGGGUGCAGGUGCGGACGCACCGGCCAUCAGCGCGCGCGGCUGCGCAGCGGGCACCGUAGACACCGGCCUCUGGCUCCCCGGGAGCGGGGCAGCCGCAGAACCCGAGGCCAUGUCCCAUGAAAAGAGUUUCUUGGUGUCUGGGGACAGCUACCCUCCCCCAAACCCUGGAUAUGCUGUGGGGCCCCAGGCCCCUAUGCCUCCCUAUGUUCAGUCUCCUUACCCCGGAGCCCCGUACCCACAGCCUCCCUUCCAGCCCUCCUCCUACGGUCAGCCAGGGUAUCCCCACGGGCCCAGCCCCUACCCACAAGGGGGCUACCCUCAGGGACCCUACCCUCAAGGGGGCUACCCACAAGGCCCAUACCCACAGAGCCCCUUCCCUCCCAACCCCUAUGGACAGCCACCACCAUUCCAGGACCCUGGCUCACCACAGCAUGGGAACUACCAGGAAGAAGGGCCUCCGUCCUACUAUGACAACCAGGACUUCCCCGCCGUCAACUGGGACAAGAACAUCCGGCAGGCCUUCAUCAGAAAGGUGUUUCUGGUGCUGACCCUGCAGCUGUCAGUGACCCUGUCGACUGUGGCCGUUUUCACUUUUGUUGGGGAAGUGAAGGGCUUUGUCCGGGAGAAUGUCUGGACCUACUAUGUCUCCUACGCUAUCUUCUUCAUCUCCCUCAUUGUGCUCAGCUGUUGUGGGGACUUCCGGCGAAAGCAUCCCUGGAACCUUGUUGCUCUGUCGAUCCUGACCGUCAGCUUGUCCUACAUGGUGGGCAUGAUAGCCAGCUUUUACAACACAGAGGCAGUCAUCAUGGCAGUGGGUAUCACCACGGCUGUCUGCUUCACGGUGGUCAUCUUCUCCAUGCAGACGCGCUAUGACUUCACCUCGUGCAUGGGUGUGCUCCUGGUGAGUGUGGUGGUGCUCCUCAUCUUCGCCAUACUCUGCAUCUUCAUUCGGAACCGCAUCCUGGAGAUUGUGUAUGCCUCGCUGGGCGCUCUGCUCUUCACCUGCUUCCUGGCCGUGGACACUCAGCUGCUCCUGGGGAACAAGCAGCUCUCCCUGAGCCCAGAGGAGUAUGUGUUUGCGGCUCUGAACCUGUACACGGACAUCAUCAACAUCUUCCUGUAUAUUCUCACCAUCAUUGGCCGUGCCAAGGAGUAGCACAAGCCCUGGUCCGCGUGGCAUGGAUGGCUGAGGCCCCUGGCACAGCAACGCCAUCCGUGCUUCCGUCUCUCUGACCCCCAGGCGUGGCCUGGAGCAGAGGGAACCGCCCUCGCCCUCGUCUGUGUACACUGCAAAUAAUUAACGUUUGGACCCUCCGUGGCCACAGCAUGGCCCUUUCUAGCCCUCUCGCCCUUGCCGAGGGCGACGGGGCUGCGUCAUGUGCUGCCCUCUGUCCACUCAUUGUUGCAUGAGCCCGUCUGCCAGCCCGUCCCAGGGGAGGAGGGCCACUCUAGGAGGGGAGGGUGCACGUCUUCCUUCCCGUCCCAGCUUCCCUGGCGUAGAGCACCCCGUUCCCUCCUCACCCUGCCCUCCAAGGGACGUGCAGGGUGGGGCUCCACUCUUGGGCUGACCCCUGAGAGCAGAAAGGAUGGCAUGUCUCAGGGGAGGAGCCUCUCAUGUGCCAUCAUCAAAACUCCAAUAAAGGAUCCCUUCUUCUCUCUG